CGGCUUCUUCUCCCCAUUUACAAGGAUACUCUAGGGUUCACGAUUUCUUCAGUGUUCUUCAACUAUCUUCUUUCUGUAAAAUGUCUUCAAUUGGAACAUCCAAGGGAAUUCUGGAGAUCGCCAAGUUCGGGAUUUAUGUUACUAUACCGAUCUUUUUAAUGUACACCUUCGCCAACAAUAGCAAAAAUCUCCAGAAAUUCAUUGGCAAAUCUUAUAUAGUGUAUCCUCCCGAGGGACCGAGGCCUCCGUCUCCAGAAGAAGUAAGAGAGAUGGCACGCGAAUUGGCUCGAAAGAACAACAUUCGCUGAUGAAGUGAGUAAUGCAGCAUUUAAGUCAAAUUUUCAGGGUUGUCGUGUUGAUUGUUUCACAUGUAUUUAUCUGUUUAUAUAGUAUUUGGUGACUAUCAAUAUUUAGGAGCAACUAUGAAUCAGCCUUUGGUUAGUUCAGGUGGGAUAAAGAUGAUAAGGGCCAAACUCAACUUGCUGAGAUAAACAGCCUAUCUGUACUAUGGUCCCGCUACUGCUCUAACUGUGGUAAUAUGUCUGUGUAAUAAUGGGGGAAAAAGUCUUAUUUAGAUCAAUGUGAUGGGAUUGAUACACAGUGAUGCUGUUUUUCUUAAUAAAGUAGAACUACCUAAGACCAAUAUGUU